AGACAGCCCAGCCAGUGCUGCUGCUAGUCUCCUUCUCACAGAGACAGCCCAGCCAGUGCUGCUGUUAGUCUCCUUGUCACAGAGACAGCCCAGCCAGUGCUGCUGUUAGUCUCCUUGUCCCAGAGACAGCCCAGCCAGUGCUGCUGUUAGUCUCCUUGUCACAGAGACAGCCCAGCCCGCUCUGCUGUUAGUCUCCUUGUCACAGAGACGGCUCAGCCAGCCCUACUGUUGCUAGACUUGCAGUAGCUCGGGGUGGGAGUGUACAUGAAGCAACCUCUGAUAGAUACACAGAGACGGACCACAGCAGAACAGCCAGAGAAAGCCCAGCACUAGCCAUGGCAUCUAACUUCAAUGAUAUUGUAAAACAAGGUUAUGUAAAAAUACGAAGCAAAAAGCUUGGGAUUUAUAGACGCUGUUGGCUAGUUUUUAAGAAGGCUUCAAGUAAAGGCCCAAGAAGACUAGAAAAGUUUCCAGAUGAGAAAGCUGCAUAUUUUAGGACAUUUCACAAGGUAACAGAACUGCACAACAUCAAAACUAUAACAAGACUGCCUCGAGAGACUAAGAAGCAUGCGGUAGCAAUUAUCUUUUAUGAUGAGACUUCAAAGACAUUUGCCUGUGAGUCAGAGUUAGAAGCAGAGGAAUGGUGCAAGUCCUUAUGUAUGGAAUGUCUAGGAACCAGGCUUAAUGAUAUAAGCCUCGGUGAACCUGACCUACUUGCAGCAGGAGUACAGAGGGAGCAAAAUGAGCGAUUCAAUGUAUAUCUUAUGCCAACGCCAAAUUUAGACAUCUAUGGGGAAUGCACAAUGCAAAUCACACAUGAAAACAUCUAUCUAUGGGACAUUCACAAUGCAAAAGUGAAGCUUGUAAUGUGGCCCCUUAGUUCGUUAAGGAGGUACGGCAGGGAUUCAACAUGGUUUACAUUUGAAUCAGGAAGAAUGUGUGACACAGGGGAAGGGCUCUUUACAUUCCAAACCAGAGAAGGUGAGAUGAUCUAUCAGAAGGUCCAUUCAGCUACACUGGCAAUUGCAGAACAGCAUGAAAGACUUAUGAUGGAGCUGGAGAAGAAGGCAAGGCUUCAGACUACUUUGACUGAACCAAUGACAUUGUCCAAGUCCAUAUCCCUUCCUCGGAGUGCUUACUGGCAUCACAUCACCAGACAGAACAGUGUUGGUGAGUUCUACAGCUUACAAGGGUGUCUGAUGGGAGACGCUUCAGACUUCUUGGUUUCUUGGUCACGGACUGAUGACAUCAAACCAGGGAUGCAGGUAACCGUUUCCGUUCAACAAAGGUGUUUGGUGCACAAACGUUUUCCAGCUACUCCACUGAGCCGGGCAAGAAGCACCAGCAGUCCCUGCCGUUGUAUAGCGGGAUCCACUGGAAUUCUGAGAAAGCAACUUGUAAAUCAGUUAAAAAGGUGAUCUUUGGCUCGCCCUGACUGGAUCUGCCAGUCUAAACCGUACCAGUCAUUGAAACAAGGGUAAUUUGCUGUGUACACACACAGUAAGUGCAAGGCAUUUUGCAUCAAUGCGUCAUC